UAAAGAAAAAUCGUCAGACUCCAUCUCCACAGAGACUUCUCUGCCCAUGUUCUCUCUGCUCCAAUCUUUCAUAAAGCGCACGCCUUCAAGCAGCGCAAGGGCUUCCGCGUGAAGAGGCGAUUGAGCCCGAAUUAGACAAGCGAAUCCUCCCGUGAGCUUCCCUGAGGCGCCUCGGCACGCACGGGCGAUUGCACACUUAGUAGAGCCAAAAACGAAGGCUGCGUCCAGGGCUGGAAAACUGCGGAUGGACAAAGAAAAAAGUCGAUAUAUAUUGUUUGCCGCAAAAUCAUGGAGCCUCAUUGACUCGUGCACGAGAAAACGCACGAUGCCGCCAAUGUAGCUCGCAGACCUCGCACAACCACGUGAUCGGGCAUUCCUCUUGUUAAAGUUCCUCUGCAGAUCAUUAAUUUCCUCGACCUUCAACCCAACUUCCGGCGUAAGAGAUUACAAAGAUCAUGCUGCCAGGAAGGCACGUCGCCGUCCUCACCUUCCCGUUCGGCAGCCACCCUUGGCCUCUCGCCAACCUCACGCUCAAGCUUGGUUUGGCCGCCCCGGAUGUCCGCUUCUCUUUCUUGAACACGGCCAAGUCCAAUGGCAUCGUUUUCCCUCCGCUGUCAAGAGCCGAGCUGCCCCCCAACGUCCAAGUCUAUGAUGUCAGUGACGGCUUACCAGACGACCACCAGGGGUCGAUGAAGGAUCCAGGAGAACUUGUAGGGUGGUUCCUGAAAGCGGCGCUGGAGAGCUUUGGAGCGGCUGUUGACGCCGCAAAGCAAGAUGCAGGGACGAAUGUGAGUUGUUUAUUGACGGACGCUUUCUUGAUUUUCGCAUGCGAAAUGGCAGAGAAAAUGCAGGUUCCCUGGGUGACCCUCUGGGUUCCCGCUCCGUACGCGUUGGCGGCCCACGUUUACAUUGAUGUCAUUAGUGAGCUCCAUCGUGAAUCCUCCGGCGGUGACACCUCCAUUGACUACGACAACAACAAGAGCCUAGGAGUAAUUCCAGGAUUAUCUAUGAUGCACAUUUCAGAUUUACCGACUGAGAUAACCGAUGAUCAGGACACUUCAGUGAUUGCAUGCAUGUUGCGCGAGAUGGGGCGUGUGCUCCCGUGUGGUGCUGCCGCCGUCGUCCUGAACUCCUAUGCGGAAGCCAACCCGACGCCUCUUAUAGCAGACCUGAAGUCCAAGUUCAAGAUCCUCCUCCAAGUGGGAUGCCUCACGGUGUCGUUCCUGGCGCCCCCGCUGCCACGAAGCUCCGCCUCUGACACUACCGGUUGCUUGACGUGGCUCAAUGCCAGACAACCUCGGUCUGUGGUGUACAUAUGCUUCGGGACAGUGGCAAUGCCGUCGCCAAGCGAGGUAUCGGCUCUCGGGGAAGCCUUGGAAUCCACCAAGACCCCCUUUCUAUGGUCCCUCAAGGAACACGUGAUGGCGCAGUUGCCCGAGGGGAUCCAGGAGCGGACGAGAGCGUACGGGAAAUUCGUCCCAUGGGUUCCACAAGGCCAGGUGCUGAGCCACCUGGCGUGCGGGGUGUACGUUACGCACUGCGGGUACAACUCGGUGUUCGAGAGCGUGGCAGGCGGCGUGCCGAUGGUAUGCAAGCCAUUCUGGGCGGACAACAUGAUGAACGGGAGGAUGAUAGAGGAAGUGUGGGGGAUUGGAGUGAAAGUAGAAGGUGGGAUCAUAACGAAGGAUGGAAUGGAGAAGGCGUUGGAGGUGGUGUUGAGGGGCGAGGAAGGGAAGGAAAUGAGGAAGAAAGUUGGCGAGUUGAGAGAGAGAUUGGUGGAGGCCGCUGGGCCUGAUGGGAGUGCUGAGGCUGAUUUCAAGGCCCUCGUGGAUCUUAUCUCUACUUCAUGAAGUGCGCUUGCUCCAAUAUGCAGCAAAGUUGGAUUGGCGUAUUGAGCGAUGUGUGUAAACACGGCCUCAUUGAUUUGAAGGUCCUAGCCAUAUCUAGUAAAUUGAGGUCAUGAACUCAUAGUUGAAUCUUUAGAUGAUCCAGCCAUGAUAUGAACUCUCUUUUUAAGUUUGGCAAGGCCUCCGAUGACUUUAAA